CCUAAGGGGGGCUGGGGCCGGGCCGAGCCGUCGCCGCAGCUGCCGGGAUGCCGCGGGUGUACAUUGGGCGCCUGAGCUACCAGGCCCGGGAGCGCGAUGUGGAGCGCUUCUUUAAGGGCUACGGGAAGAUCCUGGAGGUGGAUCUGAAGAACGGGUAUGGUUUUGUGGAGUUUGAUGAUCUGCGUGAUGCAGAUGAUGCUGUUUAUGAACUGAACGGCAAAGACCUUUGUGGUGAGCGAGUAAUUGUUGAGCAUGCCCGCGGCCCACGGCGAGAUGGCAGUUACGGUUCUGGACGCAGUGGAUAUGGUUAUAGAAGAAGUGGCCGAGAUAAAUAUGGCCCUCCCACCCGCACAGAAUACAGACUUAUUGUGGAGAAUUUGUCAAGUCGGUGCAGCUGGCAAGACCUAAAGGAUUAUAUGCGUCAGGCGGGAGAAGUGACCUAUGCAGAUGCUCACAAAGGACGCAAAAAUGAAGGGGUGAUUGAAUUUGUGUCUUAUUCCGACAUGAAAAGAGCUUUGGAAAAGUUGGAUGGAACUGAAGUCAAUGGCAGAAAAAUCAGAUUAGUGGAAGACAAACCUGGUUCUCGACGACGCCGGUCCUACUCCAGGAGCCGGAGUCAUUCAAGAUCUCGUUCCAGAAGCAGACAUUCUCGUAAGAGCAGAAGCCGAAGUGGCAGUAGCAAGAGCAGCCAUUCGAAGAGUCGCUCCCGAUCCAGGUCAGUUUCCCAUUCCCGGAGCAAGAGCCACAGCCGCAGCCAGAGCCGCAGCCGGAGCAAGAAGGAAAAAAGCAGGAGCCCCAGCAAGGACAAGAGCCGCAGCCGUAGCCGCAGCGCAGACAAGCGCCGCAGCAAGAGCAAAGACCAGGCCGAGGAGAAGGUCCAGAACAGCGACAACGCUGGGAAAUCCAAGAGCCGGAGUCCUAGUCGGCAUAAAAGCAAGAGUAAAAGUAGAAGCAGGAGUCAAGAGAGGAGAGUGGAGGCAGAGAAGCGGGGGAGUGUGAGCAGGAGCAGGAGCAAAGAGAAGAGCCGGAGUCAAGAGAAGAACCUCCACAAGAGCCGGAGCCGGAGCAAAGGAGGCAGCAGGAGCCGGAGCAGGAGUCGAAGCAAAAGCAGGGACAAGAGGAAGGGGAGGAAACGAAGCCGGGAGGAGAGCCGCAGCCGUAGCCGCAGCCGCAGCCGCAGCCACAGCCGUAGCCGCAGCCGCAGCCACAGUCACAGCAAGAGCGAGAGGAGCAGAAAACGAAGCAGCAAGCGAGACAGCAAGUCCGGCAGCAGCAGCAAGAAGAAGAAGAAGGAAGACACUGACCGUUCCCAGUCCAGAUCGAGGUCCCGCUCAGGCUCAAAGGAGCGGGAACACGCCAAGUCUGAGUCCGGCCAAAGGGAAGGCCGCGCAGAGAGUGCAGAUGCUGGCACCAAUCAGGAGGCCCGGUCCAGGUCGAGGUCCAAUUCCAAAUCCAAACCAAACCCUCCAUCAGAAUCACGCUCCAGGUCAAAGUCUGCUUCAAAAACCCGAUCUCGGUCCAAGUCUAGAUCCAGGUCGGCGUCCAGAUCACCCUCUCAGUCUAGAUCCAGGUCCCACUCAAGGUCCUAACUGGCUACGAGCACAGCUGGAACUACCCGAGAAGUCUUUUGUACAUGUUUGGUAGCCGUAGCACAAGUGAUUGAAGUAGAACAUGUCACUGCUGUACAUUUUUAACUCCCCUAAUGGUGUGUCCACAAUUGUUAAAUCUAAGUGCUUCCUCUUCGUAAAGCCUCCUGGCGCCAGGCCUUCCUGCUCAACUGAAAACAGUCUUCUCUUUGAAAAACCCCCUUUACUCAUGGCCCACAGUAGAAUAUCCAAAACGCCUUGGCUUUCAGGCCUGGCCUUUCCUACAGGGAGCGCAGUUCCUGGACGGCACUAAGGCUGGAAUGAUGACAUAGGUAGGUAUGGUGAGUUCGACCAUUUUUGCCCUUGAAUUGACGCCCUUUGAUGUAUGCCAUUUAGUGAAAGUGCUAAGUCUUAAGUUUCCUACCACUUUUGUUCCAUAUUUUUGGACUUAACAAAGUUGUGAAUAGCACAGUCGAGGAAAAUCGAUACCUGCAGUAACCCAUAGGAAAUAAACUCUAGAGUUCCAUAUUCUGGUAUUGUGAUUAUAUUGUUUUAUAUUAAAAAGAAAAGAAAAAAGAAUUUUUUUUAAUUUUAUUUUUCCCCGUCUUGCAAAGUAUAGUGACCCCUGUUUCCAUUAAAUUUGAAUAAAGACUAUUUUUGCUUGACAAAAUUUCAUGGUGCUUGAAUGGAAGUUGCAUUUCCUGAUAGAGCUCAGCAGCCUCUCUCAGCAUGAAAAGUUCAGUGUGUGAUGGCUGUUUGGUUUGUUGGGCUCACCGUGGGUAGAGUGCCAACAUUUCCUAAAGAGUUUUUCACAACUAACAGAAUAAAGGCACGUUUUCCAGAAAUUGGCAAAUUGAUGAGAACUGAAUCAGUUUGGGAACUCAGACUAUCAACAGAUGAGUGUUUCAUGAACAUAGAGUUCUGUGCUGUUUGAAUUGCUUGCAUGAGUCUGCAGUAGUUACCUUAGAGUUUGGACUAAUCAGAAACCAGGAAGAAAAACUGCCGGGUUAUCGUUGUCCGGUCAUUCUCUGCAUUACUUGUCUGGCGAGCGUUUGGAGGUACCACGAGAUGCAUACCCCAGCCUGCACCCCCGCCGAGGGAGCUGUGAGAGACAUCAGAGCAGGAAGGAGUCUGGGAAUCUUCACUGUGAGCUGCAGCAAGCUUGGGAGGAGAGAAAACCCCUUCUCAGACUGCUGCCUUUGAGCAUUUGGGGCUGCCAAAUGUCCUAGACUGUCCUGUCACCUUCCAUAGAACAUUCCCUGUAGAGCACACUGUGAAGACAAAAUCGGUUUCUUGCCCUUCUACAGGUGUGUUCUGGUUGCAAAUGGGAAGUGACCCCAGGGUGACAUGUCAUUCAGAGAAGGGAGUUGUAACUUCAUCUGGGUUCAGACAGUUUGGAGCACUGAGGUUAGACCUUUACGGAGGUGGUGGUGGAGGUUAGGAAGGCAUGGGGCUGUGUGCCUGGGGACCAGGGGUUUGAUCAUGGAGACAAGUUUAGCAAAAUGGAUUGAAUCUUAGAGGGCUAUAAAUGCCAAGGGGAGGGAGCUGAAAAUCCUUGCACAGGAGGGUAGGAGUUGUAGGGCUCUACUGCUGGUAAAUGGAUCUGACCAUCAUGUGAACUCCCGGGGGCAGCCACCCCAGCCGCACAGUGAUUGCAGUUGUUUGGGGCCGGAGCACAUCAAGGAGCAGGAAAGAUCUACAGGUUACCUGGGAAACGGAAUUGUCCAUAGUCGUCCAGGUGAUGAAGCGUUUCUGAGGAACAGAUGGGAUGAAGGAGACUGAGGUGAGUGUUGGAGACCUGAAAUGUCAAGAUCCCAAAGGACAGCUAAACUAAGGAGCCUCCAUUUCCUCCUAGAGCUUUCUUUCCUCUGUUUACCUGGGCCCAGUCCUUUGUCAUUACAACAAGGUGACGCCAACCAGUACAUUUCCCACUGCCGCUGAUCCAGUGUCAGGCUCCAGUGGUGAUAAGGACUAAGCAUUCCCUAAGGGUGAGGUCUGGUCUUUGGGUAUUUUUCUUCUCUCACAAGUUAAAGUUCUCAUUUUCAUGAUUAAGGCACAUUAAUUCUAACCAAGUGAACUUACUGUGUGAGACCUUUAAAUGUUGUGACAUGGAAGUUCCAUCUCUGUACAAAAUGGAUCUACAAUUAUUUUUUCCCCAGCAGUUUUUAAACCCAUUUAUAUUUACUUAGCUUCUGAUUUAAAAGGAAGUGGUUAAAAAAAAAAAUAAGAGAGUUUAUCACUUUUUGAGUUCCAAAUGUGCAUCAGUUAGUCCUUUCAUGUAUAUUUUUCAUCGUGUUAUUGCAGCACUACCCUGGAUUGGUACUGUUGGGUUCAGUUGCAGCACGAUGUCCACCCGCCCCCAAAAGCAUUCAGUUGAUACUUGAUGCCUUCUAAAUAGGUCAUGGGAAGAGAGUAUGAACACAGUAGACAAGGCCCUCUUGCCAUGGAACAUUCUUUGACUGUUCAGGUUGGGGUCAUGGAACUUGGCCCCUGAUCAGUACUGAGCACUUCCUGUGGGCCUGACACUGGACCACUGAGCACUUCCUGUUGGCCUCACAGUUCCCUGUCUUUGGCAAAUCACUGCACGGAGCUCUCCUGCCAGCUGUUGAAGAGGGUCUCUAAGUGUGGUACUUGUUCUUGGCUGCAUUGUUAUCCCUAAACAACAAACUGAUCUUUCUAGUUUAAGUUGGGAAGAUGGCAGUAACUUGAGGUAAAGGUUAGGUUGUGACAAAAGCUCGGAGUGAUGUGAUUUGUCCAGUGUAGCACAGCUAGUGACAAAAAUAGGAUUCCUCUCUGGACUUCUGUGGGUCUCCUCCCUUGUAAAGCUUCAUUUUUGAUGCAAGAAAACAUUUGUUUCAAGUUCUAGCAGGAUUUGAACUGAGGUCCAAGUCAAAUAGGGUUUCUACAAGAUUUAGCCUGUUUUCCUUAAGUGUCUCAGUUGCUGCAGGACAGGGCCACAACCCACUAUUAUGAGAAAGUUUUAAUUGCUCCAUCACUUAGUCAAGAUUUAAAGGAUUGUCUGUGAGUGUCACUUUGACCAAGUCCAGAUUGUCAUCCCAUAUCCUAUGCCAAGGAAUGAAGAAAAUGAGGAUGGCUCAUCUCACUUCUGUUACAGUGGGAAGCAGUGAAGCAGUAACCAUAGAAAUGCACCCAACUCUUGUGGCGCCUGAGAGGCAGUCUGCUGCUUCAAAAUGACACCAGACAUCUCUUUCCCUGCCACUGGCUGCCAGAAACCAUUGAAGUGGACGAAGAACACAAACUUUUAUGAGCUGAAGGCCACAGAAGCUGCUCUUUCACUGAGUGAAGAAUCAAAGGGUUAUGUGGUCCGAAUCAGUGGUGGGAAUGACAAAAGUUUCUCCUGUCUCUCUUGUCUUAGUUCUGCAACACAAAUGUGGGAUAUUGAUCUGGAGAAACGGUACACUAAGAAAAACAAGGAAGAGGCUGCAGAGUAUGCUAAACUUCUGGCCAAGAGAAUGAAGGUAGCCAUGGAAUCACCAGAAGCAGACUGUCUUUGAGAACUUACACUUCGGAGUCCAGUCAAAAAUGAGAUUCUCUGAAAGUGACAAGGCAUCAAAAAAAAAAAAAGAAAGAAAAAAAAGAAAUUUUCCCCAAACAGGAAGAGUCAAGUACAAAGGUCCACUAUAAUUCACCUCUUUGGGUCAAGCUCAACACAACCCUUUUCAUAUUUAACCUCCCCCAUCACCCUCCAAAAAAGUUGAAGUACAAGGGUAAAAAACAGCAGGGCCUCCCUGGUGGCACAGUGGGUUGAGAGCUGUGCUGUGAAGCUGUGCUGUCCACAGCCUCUGCAGAGCCAGUUCAAUCCCGGCCGGCCAGGGAGAUACCCUCAUGGCAUGGCAGACCUCUCCUGUUUCACCCGCUGCUCCCCUCGGCAGUGUCUUUGGUCUGUCUACCUAGUCUGUUCCCCGCUCUGUCUCUGGUGGAGUCUCUCACCCUCCUGCGCCUCUGACCUGCACCCUAGUUCUUGUAUAAAUAAAUCUUUAGAAGAAAAAAAAAGUACAAAGGCUAAAAUAAUUAAAAAAAAGCAAUAACAAUUGUGGUCAAUUAUAAUCAGACUAUCAGUAAUGACUUCAAAUAUCAAUGAUUUAAAUGGUAAGACACUGUCAGGGUGAAUUAAGAUCAAACUACUGGGCUUCCCUGGUGGCGCAAGGGGUUAAGUCGCAGCACUCUGAAACAAUCUGCAGCAUGAGUUCCUGUUCAAUCCCCACAGGGAGCUACCCACAUGGUGCAGCAGAGCUCCCGUCUUGCCGGCUGCUCCCCUCAGCAAUAUAUUUCCGUCAAUCCACCUGUUCUACUCCUGACUCUGUCUCUGGUGAAUCCUCUCACUCCAGCUCUUGUAUGCCUACACCCCAGCUCUUGUAUGCAUAAAUAAAUAAAUCUUAAAAAAAAAUCCCACUACUAUGUAUGUUGUCUAUACGAAACCCAUUUUAAAUGUGAAGACGGAAUAGAGAAAGCUAAUCAAAAGAAAGUUGGGAUGGUUGUAUUAGUGUCAGAGAAAGUGGGCUUCAGAGCAAGGAAAAUUAUCUGUAAUUAAGAUGGAAAUUAACAGAAAAGAUAGCUGCAAAAUCCCAAAAUAGUUAAGCAGCACACUUCUAAGUAACAGGUCAAAGAAGUCAUGAGAAGUAUUUUGAACUACAAACACCAGUAUUUGUGGGAUCCAGCAAAAGCAUUAACUCUUACAAAAGAAGAAAGACCUAAAGUCAAUAAGCCGCUACUUUCAGGAAACAGAAGAGCAUAUUAAGCUAAAGUCAGAAGCAAAGAAAAAUUAGAGUGGAAAUCCAUGAACUCGAAAAUGAGAUUGGUAGGAAAAAAAUCAAUAAAACCAAGAUUUUUUUGAAAAAUAAAC